AUGUUUAGAGCUACUGCCGUCCGGUUGAGCGCCCUGUCUAAGCGUACCAGGAGGGUGAGGGUCCAAUUGUUGAAAGAUUUCCCCAUGUUCAACCUUUAUAUGGGCCAAGUGACAAAGGUAAAGCCUUCUUUCAUGCGAAACUAUCUGCACAAUUUCAACGGAGCUCGCUAUGUGAUGUCUGAAAGCGAUAUCGAUCUGGAGCUGUUGAGUCGAAGUCAAGCUAGAGACACGUUAGCCAAGGAGAAGUCAAACGUCGAGACGAAGACCGUGGAUAGAGUGGAAGCAUCAGGCAAGGUAUCGCCCAAGAAGACGAGUGGGAACGCAGACGACAAGACAACGAGAGAAUCUAAGCAAAAGCGGGAAAAGCCAAAGGGCAUACUGGAGAAAAAUAUUACUAUUGAGGAUGUCAAGAUCCCUGGCCUUGAACUUUAA